AUGUGGCCUGGGGUGGUAAAACGUGGUCCAUUCAGACCAUACAUUAGCUACGACGUGCCUGACCCGUCUUACGGGGCUAAGAUUGAGCGAGUUGAUGUUAUCUACGCGGUAAUUUUGGGGAUCUCAUUUGUGCUCAAGCAGCUUGCGGCCUUCGAUUCUUCAGCGCAACAGACGCCCAUGGAGAAAGACCUGAUGGAGUCCGUCAACCACUUUAAGGAAAAGAAUUUCUUUCUCAUGUCGUUCCCGCCUUUGGUGGUUGAGAUCAUUGGGCUGUUUGCGUCAACGACGGGAUCAGUUUCCAUUGCGCUCCUCAGAAGGGCAAAUCUGGCCAUUGCUGCCCUAACCGUGUCAGCUUUCUACCUUGCACUAAGAAAAUCAGAUAUUGUCCGUGUUGUUGCGAUGGUCGCGGCUGCCGGGCUAUCGCACUUGCCGUUAUUUGCAGAAGAGAGUCUACAUCUCUCUUUAAAUGUCCCGCAACUUGCCCUGCUAUCCUGCUGCUUGCUGAGUUGGAAUUCAUUCAAGCGCUCUCAAGCGUUUAGUCGGGGCUGGUAUUGGAGCCUUACAAUGUUGUCUACAUUUUUGGCUUUUGCCAGCUCCAUAAAGUUCGUGGGGGUAGUUACGUGGAGCUGGUUCAUCAUUCUGAUUAUCAAGCAGCUUUGGGAAAUAGUAGGUGAUGUGAAUAUCUCAACAUGCAAGAUACUGCGGCACACUGCAUGGAGAUUUGCGGCUGUUGUUUUUGUUCCCUUCGCAUUUUUGGUUUCAACUUACUUUCUGCUGAUUUCCAACUCUCGUGGUGCGUCCCUAGACCACUCAAGCUUAGUUUCUCCGUACUUCAAAAGCUGGUUCUUGCCACAGCCAAUGCCACAGCCGGACGUUGUUUAUUAUGGCAGCAGUAUUCUGAUCCGCCAUGCUCAGUCGCUUGGUGGGUACUUACACUCACACAACCACACAUAUGAAACUGGAUCACAAGAGCAGCAGGUCACACUGGUCGAUUUCUCUAACAACGGUGACAAUGAGUGGAUUAUCGAGCCUUCUGAUCAGAACUUGAAUGCCGAAAAGCAACUAGAACCAGUCAAAAACGGAGCAGUCAUAAGACUUAGACAUAAGUCCACUGGCAAAUUGUUAAGAUCUUCUUCUGCAAAAGCGCCAGUUAGUGAGCAAGAUUAUGAUCACGAAGUGUCGUGCACCGGGGACAACGACUACAAAGGGGAUUCAGAUGAAUCUUGGAGGUUGAGAUUCGAGCGUGGAAAGACCCCUCACGAUGGAUUACUGUGUCCUUUCACUAUUUACUUCAGCUUAGAGAAUGAAGGUCAAAGUUGUAAGCUCUUAAGCCAUGAUCAAAGGCUACCAGAUUGGGGCUUUGGGCAACAAGAAGUCUUGUGCGUGGAUUCUGCCUCUAAAGAACGCUCGCUUUUCUUUAUCGACAGAUCGAACCUUUACAAAGAAAGAGGUGCAUACUUAACCUAUCCAAAGCAGUCGAAGCUCAAGAGACUUUGGAAUUUGAGCAGAGAAUACAUUAAAAGGCAGUACAAAUACGACUACUAUUUGAAAAACAAAGAUGUCACUGAGGGAGUUAGCGCAGAGAACUGGAUUUGGAACUCGUUCGACUCCGUUACUGUGAACUUCAUUUGGUUUAUACCUCUCGGUUGCGUGGCGAUGUAUGUGAUGACAGAAAUUACACGGUGGAUCACUUGGAACCCGUGGGCUGCUGCGACUCCAGAGCUCGAGUCCGAAAAGCGUUGCUACUUAGAUAGUUGCUUGGAACUUUCCAUCGGAUGGUUCAUGCACUACCAAAUUUUCACGUGGAGUAAGCACCAAAACCUCACGCUCGCGCAGUAUCUUCCAAGCUACCUGCUCAGCCUGUUGGUCGCAGCGCAUACCGCGAACUAUGUCUGGAGGCACAGUAAAUUAGGGCGCCUGGCCCUGGUUCUGUUCGCGCUCUCUGCCGGAGCUUUGACAUUACAGUGGGCUUGA